AUGGAAGGGGAAAGAUUCAGUGGGCCACUGAUUUGCCAGGACCCACUCCUGUUACUGAAAACCCUUCAAACUCUAUGGACAAAGAGAGAGAUGCAGAAGCUCCGGGAAGUAGCCAGGCAAGGAUUCGCUACCCUAGAAGACCCAUUCACAGGCCUUCUGGACAUGCUGGAGAGCUGUAAAGGCUGGAAGGGGAAAGGACACUCCUUGGAAUAUUACAUCACUGAUGAAUUAGCUUGCUGGCUGAAGGAGCACUCUAGGGAACCAGAGUUUGGCUCAAAACUGAAGAAGUUGCAGGCUCGAGCACUUGGGGUUCUUGCCGAGAGCCAGAGUAAUCUUCUUGAGCCCCUGAUCAGCGUUUAUCAGCUGCAGAAAGCUGACCGGAACACUUUGCUCGGAAAUGUCAAUCACCUGUACCAUAAGGGAAAGUACAAAGAAGCAGUCAUACUAUGCACAAAGCUAAAGUUACAGCCAGAAUUGGAUGUUGAAAAGAUGUGCACACCCCUGCUUCUUCAGGAUAAAGCAAACCUUGUCAAGGACUAUGUGGCCGACUAUCCACAUCUCCAAAGCCAACUAUUACAGGUCUUGGACACAUGGUGUCAUCCCACCUUUAACACUAGAGAUAUUGCCAGACAAUAUCAAAAUGUGCCUCCCUCAAGAGUAGACAAACUGAAUCAGAAAAUGCUGAGCAAACUUGUCUUCAGACUGCUGGGCCAGUACAACCUAGACCCAGCUCUCUGCCCAAAUGUCAUGAACCAACGACACCUUGGAACUCUCAGGUACCUCUUCUACAAGAGGUUUGUUGAGAAAAGUAUGACCCAGGAGAAUUGGGAAGAUCACAUUCAAAACAUGGUAGGGGAGAACUUAUGGCUUCAGGAACAACUGAUCCAGCUGCUGAUCACUUACUGUGAUGCUACCACAGCUGCCCAGUGGGCUCUGUACUACCACCUUCCCGAUGAAUCUUUGCCUGCCAAAGUCACUGAGAAGAUGCAUGAACUCCAACACCAGGAGAGGGUAGAAGAGACUAAGGAAAGUACCUAUGAUUCUAAAAUGGACAAAAAGAAUGAUUAUUAUUAUCAACUACCCAUAGCCAGAGAAAGAAUUCACUUCCUGCAUACUUGGGAAGAAGUGGAUAAGUGCAAGGAUGUGAUCCUCCAGCCUGGCCAGGUAGUCGGCAUCGAUAUGGAGUGGAGGCCCUCCUUUGGACUGGUGGGGAGGCCUCGGGUGUCUGUGCUGCAGAUUGCUACUAAGGAGCACGUGUACCUGCUGGACCUAUUGCAGUUUUCAAAACUGGACAAGGAAGAGAAGGAAAAGGAGCUUUGUCAUUUCAUCUGGAACCUCUUUUCGGAACCAUCUAUUACAAAACUAGGCUAUGGAAUGUCUGGAGAUCUGUGCAGCUUAUCAACUACAUACCCAGCCCUUAGAGAGAUGGAAAAGCAGGCACAAGGAAUCCUGGACCUGCUUCAGGUAGACAAACAGUUGCAGAAAAAUUCUGGGUUGUGGAAGAAGCAUCAUAUACCUGUGGAUAGCCUAUGUCAAGAGCCAAGUUCUAAAACUAAAAGUCCUAGGCAUGCAGAAAAAGGACUCAGCCUCCUGGUGCAGAAUCUCCUAGGGAAACCACUGGACAAAAGAGAGCAGCUUUCAAACUGGGAGAAACGGCCCCUCCGGGAGGAGCAGAUUCUCUAUGCAGCCUCAGAUGCAUACUGUUUAUUGGAAGUCUAUGAAGUGCUUUGUAAAGACCCAGCCAACUUUGGCUUGACUGCAAAUCUAAAGGAGUGUCUUGCAGGCAAACAGAAUACCAAGCCAAGGGCAGAGAAGCAACUCAGCAAGCAAGGGACACAAUCUCCUUCUAAAGAGGUACUGGCAUCAGCUGGAGAGAUGCUUUACGCCAGUGCUUUUCCUGAGAUUUCUGCCAAAGACUUCAGUGUGGUGUGUGACACCAUGCUGCAGGGCCUGGCUCGCUAUCUUCGUUGCCUGGGAGUGGAUGUGCACGUGCUGGAGAACACUGACGACCACCGGAAAGCAGCUGAGAUUGCCAGAAAGGAGGGAAGAAUCAUAUUGACCUCUGGAUUGCCAUAUCAGAAGCUACAGGCCCAGGUUGGGGAAGGAAGGUGCUUUUCUGUAAACUGUUCUGACAAGGCUAAACAGCAAGCACUCAGCGUCCUGAAGCACUUCAAUGUCCGCGUUACUCUCACUGACAUCUUCAGCCGCUGCCAGGUGUGUAACUGUGAUAAAUACCUGAAGAUCUCCAAAGAGAAGAUCAGACACUUGAUGAAGAUCAGUGGUUACCUGUCAGAGGAAGAUGAUGCAGGCUGUCCAAAGAGCCCUGAAGAGGAAUGGGAACUGUACCCCAAGGCAGAGACUCCAGCCUUAUCAGAAACCAAGCAACUCCCUGGCUGUGCCUAUAACCCCAACUGCCGAUGGCUGGGAGAUUCAGACCUCAAUGCAGAUUCCCUCACCCUGAAAAACGGGACCACCCUGCAGAUCAGAACCAUCCCUCUCGGUGUGCUGGAGAAAACAAACCUGUCUCAUUUCUACUGCUGCACCCAAUGUGGCAAAGUGUUCUGGGAAGGGUCCCACUUUGGGCGGGUGGUCUCUCAGUUCCAGGAGAUCUUAGAAGGCUCAGAGCCACAGUCACAGAGCUUCUAUGAACUGAACUGAGCUGGGCUGGGAUGGAAGGCCCCACUGUGGCUUCCUUCCCUGGUGGGAGCCAGCCACCAACCACAAAUGUGGCCUUUUAAUUCUCCCAAUGAAGGCAGGGGGAACUGCAUCCUGUCCUAUCCUGUCCUGUCCUUUCCUAUCACUGUCUGCUCCUGGGUUCAAAGUGGGAUGUUUGGUUUGCUAUUCACUGAGAUGUUUGGCUUGAGAGAAUACUUGUCGUGUGUGGCACAUGCUGGGAAAAAGACAUCCCUGGAGAGGGAACUAUUUCUAUGAAACAUUUAU